AUAUUACGUUCAAUUUUUCCGAAUUAAUGACCUACAAGACUCAAAUUUUUAUAUUCAAUGAUAUUUUAAGUCUAAAUUUAUUCAUUAUCUUAAAUUAUAUAAUCGGAAUCAUAAUAAUAAUCGUUCUUUUGAUUACCGAUUUUGUUGACUAUACCUAAGUUUUCGAAUCAAAUAACCUCAAAUACUUUAAAUUCAAGGAUAAAUAAAAUCUGGAGCGAAAUUACUUUUUGAACAUCCAGAUAAAUGGAAACCAAUGGUAUGUGAGGAUAUUUAAAAUUUACAAAUCAGUGACUAUUAAUGGCGAUGAAAUGUCAAUUCUGUCAAAAAAUCGGUAUCGACCUGUUUCGAAGCUAAUUGUCAAGAUGACAAAAAUCUGAAAUUUAAGUUUAUUGUUUAAGUUGAGUUGUAAUAUUGUUUAUUUAAGGAUAAUAAUAAAAUGGACUUAGUUAAAGGUAACUGCUUUUUUUGUUCGAAUAAAAAAGUAGUUUCGGAUACACGGAAUGUUCAGAAUACUAUAAUAACCUUAUUUACGGGAUCUGAUAUCAACGAAGAAAAGCUUUUAACUUUAAGACCUCCCAGGGUAUGUCAUUUGUGUUAUCACAGUUUCGUUUUAAUGAAAAGAACUCACGACGAUAUUUUACAUUCGAGUUCAGCGGAAAAAGUACACGAAAACUGUCAUUUAUGUGGUAAUUCAGAAGAUGUUAUCAAAGUUUUAAAAUGGAAUCAUUUUGAAACGAUUGGUAAAGAUUACCGUGGUAUCGUUGGAAAUUCUAUAUCCAACGCGUGUUCAGAUUGCCUGUAUUAUUUAGAAACCAAGAAUUCCGUUAAAGAUAAGUUGAUUGCAGCAAUCCCACAAUUGAAAAAACAACUAUCAGAUUUUGUGUCUAAUAUUACUAGUCAUUCUACUCCUUUGAAAAGAACAAGAACUAAAGCAGAAAGGAAAGUUCCUGUGGAAUUUGUAGAUUUGACACAAACAAAUACAGAUAUAAAUGGGUUUGAACCUCUAAGGAAUGACCCGCAAUUGAGAAAAUUAAAAUUAGUUUCUGAAGAUCUGAAAUUAAUGAACCAAAUUCUCAUUGUCAGACUGCAGAGACUCGGAACAUCAUUGAAUAACGUGAACGAGACAAUAGAGAAAAAAAACCCACAGAAAAGAGUUCGGUUUAAAGAUAUACACGAAUUGGAGGAAGAUAUUUGUAGUAUGCCUAAAAAAAUAAAUUAUAAAGAAACUAGAUACCAUGAUAAUUUGACUUUUAAUCCCUAUACAGACAAAAACAGCGAAAAAGAAGAUGAAUUAGUAGAAUAUGAAAUCAAAACAACGCCUAGAAGAUCCAGAUAUCGGGAUUACAGCGAUGAUAACAGUUCCGAUUCCCUAGACAGCAGAAAAAAAUCGAAUUUUAAAAUAAAACUAACUAAAAAGAAGCCCAAUGCGUUUCCUCUAAAACCUGCCCUGGUAAAACCACCUCUUAAAUCCGCUCUUGUUUCCAAAUUACCUCCAAUGAAACCAGUUGUUAAAACAACCCCUAAACCAGCUCUUAGGUCGAGAGCAAUUAAGUCUGCGAAGAGAAGACCAGUGGCAAGGUCAAGAAGAGAUUCGGUUGUAACUCCAACUAUAGAAUCGAUAAUGUCGCCAAAAACUAGGUCUGCGAAAAGUAAUUUUACAAAUAGUUUAGUGAUAAACGUGGAAAGGAUGAAAAUUCCAGAAUUGAACGGUAUAGAAGAAGAAGAAAUUGAAGUUAAUAUCGAAGGCGAGGAUCUUAUUGAGUCCGAGGAUCCGUUAGAUCCGCUUAGGAUAGAUAAUUUCGACAACGAGGAUGUGAUUGAAGAAAAAAAUUGUUUUAAUCUAAUCACGAACGAUGACGAAACAGUAAUUGGAAGAGCUCAAGAAGUUAUUCCUGAAAAUAUUUUAAAUACAAACGGACAUAUUGAAGAGGAAGAAGAAGAUACGGAUUGCGAAAUAACGAAUACUAAAGAAAUUAUCAGUAUUAGUUCUGAAGAUGUUAGUAAAACAGAGUAUUACAUAGAGAAUAAAGACACCGAGGAUACUGAAAAUGUGGAAGAAACUGUUGAUGAAAUAAAAAUGUUUAUUAUGAGUAAUGCUAAGGAAACAAGUGAAAUUGAUAAAUUAAGAGAGACGCAAUUAGUAAAAGAAUUCUAUAAAAUAAACGAUCCCCUGGAAAAUAAUGAGGAAAUGGAAAAUUCCAACAAACAAGAUGAAAUAAUUAUGGAAACUAAUACUUCUCAAAUUGAGACCACAGUGAAAGAUGUAGCUGUUGAACAGAUUGAAGAGGAUUUUAAUGGAUCUUUAGAAAACGAAAGCCAAGAAGAAGAAACUGAUAAAGUAGUAAACAGUCAAGACGAAGCAGAGACAGAGAAUAGUCAAGAAGAAGAUAAAACAGAUAAUAGUCAAGAGGAAGAUAGAACAACGGAAAAUAGUCAAGAGGAAGAUGGAACAAAGGAAAAUAGUCAAGAGGAAGAUAGAACAACAGAAAAUAGUCAAGAAGUGAGCAGUCAAGAAAGUCGAGUGGAAACAAGUCAAGAGGAUAAAACAUUAAGCCAAGAAGAAUCAAAAGAUGAAGAUGAGAAUAGCAUGGAAAAUUGGAAUCUCGAUAUCGAUAAUAUAGAUCAAGAAAACGUCAUCGACAGUUGCGAAAUAGAAGAUAAUGGAGUUAUUAAAAAACGUAAGAGAGAAGAAGACAGUUUAUCGGAUUCCGGUUGUUCGGACAAAAAGAAAAAGAAAGUAACUUUUAGUGUCGAUCUACAUGGUGAUUAAUGUGCAAGUGACACUUUUUUUAUAUCGUUUGUAAUUUGCUUCAAGUCAUCGGCCACUAAUAUUGAAUUCCCUUUUCAAGUACUUGAUAUAAUAUUGAAUUUUAUUUGAGAGGUCAUGUCAUUAAUUUUUAAUCAGUAUUCGAAUAUAUCUUCUGUAUCCUUGUUCUAAUGAAGAAGACUGAAAACCGUAUUCUAUAUUCAUUAUUCUUAGUAGGUCAAAUGUACCAAAUAAUCCGAAUAAAUCAAAUUUCUAUCUACAGUAGUUUGAUAUUUUUAUAAAAAUAUGGGUCAAAAGUUUCUUACUAGAAUGUGAAAAUAUGAAUUAUUAUUGAGUAGUUCAAAUGUCUUUACCAAUUCCUUGUAUCUUUCCACAGUGGAAAGUAUCAAUUUCGAGUCAGGUGAUAUAAAAACUGAUAAUUUAUACACUAAGUAGUUCAAACGUCUCACAAGCUCAUGUUUCUAUCACCUACGGUGCUUGUAUAUAUCCGGUAUUUAUAAUAAGUUUGUAAAUGUAUCAAAUCAUGUUGAAAUAGUGAUUUAAUAUUAAUCUAAGUAGUUCAAAUGUCUCAGAACAAUCUUCCAGGUUUAAUUAACCAACCGUUGUGCCCAUUACUUAAGUUCAACAGUUUUAUUUUGCCCAAUGGAUGGAAUUUUGUUUUUUUUUUCACAGAAUUUAAUAUUUUGACAUGACUUCAUGGAAAACCUUGGGUUAAUUGAAAAGUACUUAUAAGAGGUGAUUUAAUUAAUAACGAUUAAAAAUGUAAGACUCAAAAGUUCGCGCAAGUGGCAUUAUCUUGAAAUGUACAUUCUUUUUUUAAUAAAACUCAAAAUCGACAA